GUUCAUUGCUAGGUGGUGUAACGUCAUGACGUGUAUGUCUCACACUUGCAAACUGAAGGAGAAUGACCUGGAUCCCCAGCUUAGAAACGGUUCGUAUCAAAACAGUGAGAUUGAAGCCAAAAAAACAUCAAAGUCCUCCUUUUUCUUAGGCUUGCACAUUUCAAGAAAGGACACCCGGCGCUUUAUUAUACGAAGCUGCUCUACAGCUAGCGUUAAUGUUACUUUGGAAACUCGAGGACAGUUAACGUAACAUUAGCUAGCUCGCGAGCAAGCUAACGUGAUAUAUCCCUACUGUACAGUUGGCUAAUGCAAGCUAACAGCGCGGGCUAACUAGCUAGCGAAAGGUAACAUUAAACUGCAUAGCACAGUUGGGCAGUUACCAGCUUUUGCAUCAGGGUUAUCAGGCAGGAUAUUCGUAAUUGCCAAGCUGCCCAUUGAAGAACAAGACAUAUUAGAAGCAGGCGUCGGGACGGGCCAUAUCGGAGCUGGUCGAGCGCUGUCGCCCCUGUGCACGAAGGCGCUACGGCGAAGGAGGGUUUGAUCCCCGUUCCUUUCCUGAGAACACGGCCCGGCCGCCAGGGAGCGCGCCAUGGCCUCUGUGUUGGUCGUUGAUAGCGGGGGAUCGGUGGUGGAGUACAUCUGUGCCGCAGAGGACCCACAGCAAGAGGAGGUACAAGUGGAGGAGGAGUACCCGGCAGUAAUUGUGGAGCCCGUGCCUACCACUGAGGUAGAGCAAUGCUACGCUGCCCAGGUGCUGGUCUAUGAUGAUGAGACCUACCUGAUGCAGGGCGUUGCAGAGGAACAGGAAGUGGAGACUGAGGUCAUUGAGACAGUGGAAGCGUCAGUCCGCAGCAGCGGGGUCCACUGCUCGGACAAGACCAUCGAAGCGGCAGAGGCCCUCCUCCACAUGGACUCUCCCACCAGCCUGAGAGGGGACCGCAGCCCAGAGGCAGAGGCUCCCUGCGGCACCACGCCGGAGUUCAUCCAUGCCGCCAUGCGGCCGGACGUGAUGACAGAGACCGUGGUGGAGGUGUCCACGGAGGACAGCGAGCCCAUGGAGGUGUGUGCUCUCCUGGAGGCCCCGGAGACCGAGCCGGCCAGGCGGAAGAAAGCUGGACGAAAGCCGAAGAUGCAUCAGCCAGUAGUUUCAAAUGGCUCGCCUGAUUUGGGCAUGAAGAAGAAGCCAAGAGAAGGCAAGGGUAACACCACCUACCUGUGGGAGUUCUUGCUGGACCUCCUUCAGGACAAGAACACCUGCCCCAGGUUCAUCAAGUGGACGCAAAGGGAGAAGGGCAUCUUCAAGCUGGUGGACUCCAAAGCCGUCUCUAAGCUAUGGGGCAAGCACAAGAACAAGCCGGACAUGAACUAUGAGACCAUGGGCAGAGCCCUACGGUAUUAUUACCAGAGAGGGAUCCUGGCCAAGGUGGAGGGCCAGCGGCUGGUGUACCAGUUCAAAGACAUGCCCAAGAACAUUGUAGUGAUCGACGAGGAAAAGGUGGACCCUGGCAGCGGGGGCCUCGCGGGCGCGGAGAGGCUGUACGAGCGUGUGCCCCCGGCCUCCGGGAAACUCCUGACCACGCCUGAGCUGGCGAAGCCCCCAGGGGUCCUGCGGGGAGCCGUCCGAACCCUGGCCCAGCCCGGCCUCGCCGCCAAGGGGAAGGGCCCCCAUCCUGCCACCCGCAUAGUGACCGUCACGCCGGUCUCCGACGUCAGCCAAUCACACACCCACACCGCCGUUAUUCCCACCGCCUCGGGGCCCAGGACAGUGCGGGUUGCCAUGCAGGUUCCCGUGGUGAUGACGACGUCGCUGGGUCAGAAGAUCUCCACCAUGGCGGUGCACUCUGCUGCCUCACCCAUCCUGUCGGGGGCCCCCGCUGGUGGCGGUGGGGUGGGGGGCCCCAAGGUGGUCAUCCAGGCCAUCCCCACCAUGGUCCCGGCCACGGCGGAGAACGGCGAGAAGAUCACCGUCCAGCUGGCCAAGAUCAUCACCAUCCCCGCUGGCCAGCUAGCGCAGUGCCAGCUGCAGGCCAAGCCCGCGUCUGCCAUCAACCUGGUGGGGGCGCCACUAGCCGUACGGGCGCUAACGCCCGUGUCGGUGGCUCAAGGGACACACGUGGUGAGGCUGGCAGUGCCCGCCCAGCAGCAGCAGUGCUCCAUCAUCAAGCUGCCCGAAACCAAGCAGGUCGCGGCCAAGGCUCCCACCGACCCGGCCGAGGCCCCCAGACCAGAGACCGACGGCGUGCCCGUCACAAAAACAGAAUCCCCCGAAUGCUGAGAGUGGGGCAGCAAGAAACGCAUGGAACCCAUUCGUUAUUUGUGUGUUUUAAUUAAGGCUUACGGUCCAGACUGCGACGCUACUGUACGGAAAGUAGCAAGUCGGUUGAACUGAUUUGGAAAUUUUAGUUCAGCCGCAGUCAGGGACAUUUUAAAGUUUGUGAACCUUAUUUUUAACAUAUAUCCCAUGUUUUUUUACGUGGGAACAUUUUGUAUGAAAACACAGGAAUCAAACGGACGGGAAAAGGGACCAACGGAAAUCACUACUUUUUUAUCCUGGCACUAAAAGUUCAGAACACUAAGACGUGGUCUCAAGUGGGGUUUGACAGAAGGCGGGCGGGGG